AUGGUCAACGAACGCGCACCACCCAAGUCUCUGGCCAACCGGCUUGCAGGAGACGGUGACGUUGGUCCCGCCAAAGCGAAAUCUUUGGACGACGAUGACGAUAUUAGCGCCAUCGUCAAUGGAUGGGCCUCGCUCAAGGCCAACGUCCGCGAAGGAACGAAAGCUCCGUUUCCCGAAGCUGCAAAGGUACCGCAGUUUGGGCAUCCGACGAAACUGGUGUCGUCUCGCAAGCAGAAGGCCGAUGUCUUUAUUCGUCAGACAACCCGCCCCGAACACCACAUUAGCAGCACCAAAGUCAAUGCUCCGAAGCCCCGCGCAUACGCCGAUCGCAAACCUCCUCCUCUACCCGUUUUCGACUCAAACCAGGUCAACAAGCCCGCCCGUGGCAAGCUUGGAGAGGAAAUAUUCUACACUGACCCGGAAAAGGCCAGUGCAGACCUCAAGGCUUUGCUUGAAGGUGGCAUGGAAGAUGAAGCUGAAGAAGAGCAGCCAGGGCCAGUCGCAGCUGAAACUGCUUUGGACGAAACGAAGACAGAAAAACCCAAGAAACAAGUAAAACACCGCAUAGGAAAAGAUGGCAGGAUAGACAGCCUGAAGGUGCGGCUGUUACCCCAUCAGGUGGAGGGUGUUGAAUGGAUGCUUGGCCGCGAACUCGGCCCGGUGAAGCGAGGUACCGUCCCCAAGGGUGGUCUGCUCGCAGAUGACAUGGGUCUUGGUAAAACUCUCCAGACCAUUUCUCUUAUUCUCUCAAACCCCAAACCGGAAAAAGGAUCGGAAAACUGGAAACCCCAAUACGAAAAAUCAGAAAAGACCACCUUGGUCGUGGCCCCGUUGGCCCUUAUUCGACAAUGGGAGCACGAAAUCAAUGACAAAGUGGAAAAAGCCACUGGAUUAAAGGUUCACGUCCAUCAUGGCCCGCAACGAACGAAGAAUUUCAAGGACCUCACGAAAUACAACGUUGUCAUCACGACAUAUCAGAUCUUGGUAUCGGAUCAUGGCAAUUCGUCAGAGGCCGAAGAUGGCAAGAAAACUGGCUGUUUUGGCCCGACAUGGUGGCGCAUUGUUCUAGAUGAAGCUCAUACCAUCAAAAACCGCAACGCUAAGACUACAAAGGCUUGCUAUGCUCUACGCUCAGAAUAUCGCUGGUGUUUGACUGGUACGCCGAUGCAGAACAACCUGGACGAAUUGCAGUCUCUUAUUAGGUUCCUGCGGAUCAAGCCAUAUGAUGAGCUGCGUCAGUGGAGGGAACACAUUGACCAGCCCUUGAAGAAUGGAAAGGGUCAUGUUGCCAUUAGACGCCUACACAGUGUUCUGCAGUGCUUCAUGAAGCGGCGCACAAAAGAUAUUCUCAAAGAAGAAGGAGCAUUGAAACCUGGAGGCAAGCUUGCUGAGGGUGAGGACGAGGACGACGAUCCAGGUCCUGGCUUCAAGCACACCGAGCGAAAGGUCAUUACUGUCUCCGCUGAGCUUUCUGCUGCAGAACGCCACUUCUACGAUCGCCUAGAAGACCGCACUGGUGAGAGUAUGAAACGCAUGAUGGAAGAGAAGCUCAACUACCUGAAUGCGUUUACUCUACUUCUACGCCUGAGACAGGCGUGUAAUCACCCGAAGCUUGUCGAGGGUAAAAUUGAGCAGGAUCGUGAUGCUAUGACUACCGACAGCAGCCAAGGCCAGAGUCAAAUUCAAAAGUCGCAAGAUACCGAUGUGAACGCCAUGGCAGAUCUCUUUUCUGGAAUGGGGAUAGAAUCCAAGAAAUGCAACAUCUGUUCUCUGGAGCUCAACAAAGACGAUGCUGCGAAAGGACUCAGAACUUGCUCAGAUUGCAAGGAAGACAUGGUUGAGUUUAAGGAAUUCGACAAGAACAACAAGAAAAAGAAGAAGACGAAAACGAAGAAUUCGACCAAGUCCGAAUCUAAAAAGCACAAGAAACGCCAGGCACAGCAAAACCAAAAGGCGACAGCGAGCCAAACAACUCGACGUCCACGGAACCGCAAUGCUAUCAUUGACAGCGAUGACGAGGAGGAUAACGACGAGGGUAGCUGGCUGGUUUCGGAUGGCGAACGAGGACCCUUGAAUCUGGGCAAGGCCGGAGGCGAAGACGAUGAGAAUGCUGCGGGACCAACUGAGUGGCUUCGAUCUGAGUCGGAAGAGUCUGAAGAUGAUGACCAGAGCAACCUGAGCAGCUUCCUCGUGGAUGACGAGAACGAUAAAAAGCCUGUGCAGCACAUGGAUGAUUCUCUUCUGUCAAUGGAUGCUUUGACUAGGCAGCUUGCGUCGCAGACACUGGAGGACAAGCCAUCUGCGGUCUUGCAAGCUUCUGCCACAGAUAGUGCAGACGAUGGCAGCUCUGAUGACGAAUCAUCUAGCUCUGUGUCCGGCGUUGACGAAUCGGAAUUGUAUUCCGACGACGACGAACUGUGUCCAACACCGGGGUCUAGUCAAAUUGCAGCUUCGGCCAAGAUUCGCGAGCUCAGCCGCAUCCUGCACGCUGAAGCCCAAGAGCACAAAUUCAUUGUCUUCUCCCAGUUCACGUCCAUGCUGGACCUGAUCGAGCCGUUUAUCCGCAAGGACGGCUUCAAAUUCACGCGCUACGACGGUAGCAUGCGCAACGACGAACGCGAAGAGAGUCUGCGCCGGCUCCGCGAGGACCGGAAGUGCCGCGUGCUUUUGUGCAGUCUCAAGUGCGGCAGUCUGGGUCUCAACCUCACAGCCGCCACCCGCGUUAUCAUUAUCGAACCCUUUUGGAAUCCUUUUGUCGAGGAACAAGCCAUCGACCGCGUCCACCGUCUGAACCAGACCGUGGAUGUUGUCGUCUACAAGCUCACCGUCGCCAACACGGUCGAGGAGCGCAUCAUUGACCUGCAGGAGAAGAAGCGCCUGCUCGCGGAGCAGGCCAUUGACACGGGCGCCAAGAAGGGCGCGCUCAAGCUCGGCCUCAACGAGAUCAUCGACAUGUUCAAGCCCGGCGGGCACUUUGGCAGCGGCACCGGGUCCGACGGCCUCGGCGAGCAGAUUCGAGCAGCGUCGCGCUUCGUGGGAGGCAGCGGUGGCGGCAAGAAGUCGCCGCCGAGACGAGAGGAGAGUUCUGUUUAUGGACGCCGUUGGUAG